UGACAUAUCCCAGUUCAAUGUUUUGAUGUUUAAAAAUGUGUUUUUGUAAUAUGGAAUAUGUUCGUACUGAUUUGUAAAAAUGUUCAGUGUUCAUUUAAAGUGAUAAUAUCUUAUUUCUUUGCUUAGUUUCAACCACGAGACAACCGUUUAUCCCCCCCUGCUCCAUCAGUGCGUGCACCAGCCUUGAAAACUUUCCAGCCACCCCAUCCGCGACUCCUGUCACCUCCCGCCCUCUUUUUUUCUUCUCACCCCCCACCCCCUUCACAUUACCCAUCCAUACAAACUCCUGCAUCGUCUCUCAAACUAACGCACUCCUCUCUGUACCUUCAACCCCUCUCCUCUCCAUCCAGCGCGCCACAUUAACCCCCUCAGCUGCAGCCUGACACUGAAAGUGGGAGCCUCUAUCAGCAGCGCCACCAUGCUCUGGAAAUCACGGACCAAGACUGAAGGUUUGCAGGACCGCGCAGACGGACUAAGCGGCUCUUCGCCGAGUGGGCGCCUCUCCCAGCUCUCCUCCCUGAACCAGGCCGCCUACUCCUCCGCUCCCCCGCUCUGCCACACUCCGGCUUCUGACUUCCAGCCUCCAUACUUCCCUCCCCCUUACCCCCAGUCUUCCCUGCCAUACUCCCAGAGCCAGGACUCAGCUUAUUCCCACCUGUCAGACCCCUACCCCUCCAUCAACUCCAUCCAUCAGCAUCAGCAGGCGGCAUGGCACUCGCAGAGGUCGCGCUCCGAAGAGGGGGGGCUCCUGUCUCAGUCGCACCGGGCUCUGAGCCUCGACCCCCGGCGGGAGUACCCAGCUGUCCCUCGGCUGCUGCACGGUCUCGGGGAAGGUGCGGCCGCGCUCGGGGACGGUCCUCUCGGGAUGCACCUGGGACAUCACGGCCUGGAGGAUCUGCAGGGAAUGGAGGAAGGAUCAGCCUUGGGCAUCCUCGACCACUCUGUCAUUAAAAAAGUUCCCAUUCCUUCCAAGCUGAACGGCUCGUCCCUGUCCGCCCUGUCCAUUGGUAAGGAGGGCAUCGGGAUGGGAAGCGUGUCAAACCCAGCCGAGGUCUUCUGUUCGGUCCCGGGUCGCCUCUCGCUGCUCAGCUCCACCUCCAAGUACAAAGUGACAGUCGGUGAGGUGCAGCGACGCCUCUCCCCACCUGAGUGCCUCAACGCUUCUCUGCUGGGUGGAGUCCUCCGCAGGGCGAAGUCAAAGAAUGGUGGCCGCUGUCUGAGAGAGCGUCUGGAGAAGAUUGGCCUCAACCUGCCCGCCGGGCGCCGCAAGGCCGCCAACGUCACUCUGCUAACAUCUCUGGUGGAGGGUGAGGCUGUCCAUCUGGCGCGGGACUUUGGUUACGUGUGUGAGACAGAGUUUCCAGCCAGAGCUACAGCUGAGUAUCUGUGCAGGCAGAGCGAGCCCGACCAGCUCCCAACACGGCGCAGCAUGCUGCUCGCCACAAAGGAGAUCUGCAAAGAGUUUGUGGACCUCAUGUCCCAGGACCGCUCUCCGCUGGGCGGCAGUCGGCCCACCCCGUGUCUGGAGCCUGGUGUCCAGAGCAGCCUCACCCACUUCAGCCUGCUCACCCAUGGCUUCGGCACCCCCGCCAUCUGCGCGGCGCUCUCUGCCUUCCAGAGCUACUUGAUGGAGGCGAUCAAAAUGCUGGACAAGGGCGAGGGCGGGGGGAAGAGCCACCACGAGAAGGAGAUGAAGCACCGCAAAUAGACGGAGGAUGAACUGCUGUGUCAGUGAACGAGAGGCAGAAAAGAAGAGGAAAGAGGGGAAGAGACUGACUGGUACCACCCUCUCUUUUUCUUUUCUUUUGCCCUCAGGAUGAAAACUUUUACCUCCCAGAAACCCUUGCGGCCCCUCUGGUGGAGGAGGCGGGGUUUAUGAUGAUAUCUGUACUGUAAUGUGUGUCCACCUCACUCGACAUGACGCAUGGACCUCUCUUCUCAGUAGCUGGUUUGUGUCAUGAUGGCAUCUACAAAACAUUUCUUCAGGAUGAGUUCCUACAUAUGGCUGUAUAGUUUUGUUUCCCCUGACUUUGACCUUUAUUUUUAAAAUUUUGGUAAACAUGUCACCUUUAUCAGUGUUUUAGAAAUCCCUGCUUCCACCAGUCACGCUCUCUUUUACACAGUUUUUGGACUGAACUCAUCUGGAAAUCGUCAUAAGCCAUAUCUGAGACAACAAACCUGCUCUUUGCUCCUUUGGAACUUUGGGAGAUUUUUAACUCCACCUGAUUGGACGAGCACAGCAUCCAUUUGUAGUUCUUCUUACCUGGUGGUCAUGGGAAAUAGAGUUCUCCGUGAGUGAGAAGUGGAGGAGUUAAAGGCAGCUACGGAAGAUUUUUUUUUCUUUAAUUUUUGAAGUGCUGCGUGUUGGUAACUUAAGAAAAUAAAUCAUUUUGUACUUUCUGUGUAUGUUUAUUAUUAAUGUUAUUAUUGUUGUUAUUAUUAUUGUAUUACGGCAUAAAUGUAAUAUAUUAUUA